CGAACACUCUUAAAUGUGGAGUUCUCUUUGUCGCAUGCAUGUUUGUCAUAAAAACAUUGUGUUUUGCGCUCUCGGACAUUUGCGCUGGAGAGUUACAUCGGGGCUGAUCUCCGCAUUCCACAAGCCUUGCCUUAUUCGGAAGACAGCGGCAAACAUGGGCAUCCCAUACUCGAAACAGAUCAACCUAGCCUUCGACCAAGUCACGCCGUUGGUGGCGGCUGGCUUCAAAGUUUUGCAAACGACAAGAAACAUCACAUACCUUCUCGCCGCCAUCCAGAUCUUAACGGCUCUCUUCCUUGGCCUAAUUCUGAUCACGCUCGUGGCGGUGCUCAUCACUGUGAAUCCAGAUCUUGAAGAAGAGCGGCGAAGUCUUGUUACACCUGCUGUGAGAUAUCUGGCAAAUUCCGUCGUGCUGUAUGGACGGUGGCUGCAAGUGGGUAUCUGGACUGCGGGUAUUGGGACAGCCGUUGGUACCGCUGGGGGGUGGUAUGUUACGAGAGAGAUAGAACAGGUAGAUGUCGAGGUUGAGGAUCCGGAAGGAGAAGAUAAAGAUGGAGAGGUUGCCGCUUCAUAAUCUUCUUGUUCUUUUUAUGUGGAGUGCAUAGUUAUUUGUUUGUUUCCAAGGUAGUAUUAGCGGGUGGCGCGUAUCUUGGACUACCCAAUUGUAUGCUGGAAGACUUGUAAUUGUGUGAAACAGAUUGUAUGGAUUGGGUCUAUUGAAUUACAAAAAGAGGAAGCUUGGUGCCGCCAUUUGCGCUUGCGCGGUUUAUAUGAUAUCGAUCAAAUCGCUAUGUUUCUUAAUCGAAGGCAAUUUGCAAGCCGGAAAAUUGAGC